AUGACAACCGCCACUAGUAACAUCAGCUAUGCUGAACCCAUCGAUGCGAUCCCUGUUGAUGACGCGCCCCCCAGCACCACCUCUACCUUGCCGGCAAGCCUUGCGACAUCUACAACAGAUGGAACGACCACCACCACUGCACCGCCAACAUCAGAGAUGACCCAACCAACCUCGAGCGACGCACUGGAGACAUCGUCUACAAGCACUGCUAUCAGCGCAACCAACUCUGCCAGCUCUGCUUCCACUGCGACCGCCAGCUUGCAAGAGGGAUCGACUCUGGCUACGACCAGCUUCUAUGUCGAGCCGGCACGCACUCGUCCUCCGACUACCACCGAGGCCGCGGAGAGCACCACCGAAGAGGCUUCCACGACAACGUCCCUGCUCCAAGCGUCCUGCAGGCUGACGUUGGCCGGUGAUGUGCUACAAUCGGAAGCUGAGAUGCAAUCUCAUGUGGUCACCUCCCUGGCGGAGGCCUUGCAGGUGCCUCAGAGCCAUUUGAGGAAUGUCGUUGUCCAGUUGGGCGGUCGACGUCUUGCGGCUGCAGUGCGGACGUUGCGCGUAGACUACGAGAUUCUCGUGACUGGCGCCGUGAAGCCACUGCUGCAGAAAGUGAUGGACUUGACGGAUGCGGGCAGUGACACGUUUUCAAGGUUUUCUCACUCUCUGGCAGAGGAUGCAAAUGUCGAGAUCCGCAGUGUGGAGCUACUGGAUGUGCCACACGU